AUGGAUUCUUACGGCUCCUCACUGAACCGCAGCCAGUCGCUGGCCAGCGGCCUGGAGAAGACGUCGCCGGCGUGGAAACCGUCCCACUCUCGGAGCAGCAGCACCGUGUCGUCCCGUCACUCCAGACAGAUAAUCAAAGAUUGGGAAGUGAUCGACGAGCUUCAUGUGGAAAUCCACCCGGGAGGCGAGAUCCCUCAGGAAAUGGGGCCCCCGGGGAUCUGUGAAGGAUAUCUGCUGAAGAGGAGGAAGUGGCCACUGAAGGGUUGGCACAAGAGAUACUUUGUCUUGGAAGCCGGGAUCUUGCGUUACUCCAAAAACCAACAGGACGUCUCCAGGGGGCGGGUCCAGGGCUCUCUGGAUGUCAGCCUCGCUGUCAUUUCAAUAAACAGGAAAUCGAACCGUAUUGACCUGGACGCAGGAGACAUCCUCUAUCACAUGAAGACAAAGAGCCAUGAACUCUUCUACAUCUGGGUGACCAAGCUGCAGGCCCAUCGCUUGUUCAAGAAGAACGAGGCGGCUCAGGUCCACAGCAGCUUCAUCCACACGUUGUCCCACAGCGCGGCGGCUGGACAAGCUCAGAGAAACGGAGACGUGGUGGUUCAUUCGGCUGCAGCAUCCGGAGCUCUGCCGUCACCAAACACCGCCGUCAACAGCAAGGUGUCCGCCUGGCUGCAGCAGAGUCACGACCCAGACACCUGCGUUCAAGAGCUCAACCACUGCCACCUGGACCUGUCGGAGCUAAACCGUCUAAUCCAGAGGCUGCAGGCGCUGGAGGCCGGCCAGGCUUUCAGCAACGGAGACCUGCAGCGAAUCAUCAGCACACAGAAUCUCUCUCUGGAGAAGCCGAAGAAGUCGAAGUCGGGGAAGAUGUGGGGACACUCUCGCACCCUGUCCAGAGUGGAGGCCCUGGGAAUGCCCAUUCGAGGGAUUUCUAAAUCGCUGUCCUCCAGUCACCUGAGCAGCUCACCUCACCUCGGUGCAUCAGUCCCCUCCAUCCCUGAGUACGUCUACUCUCAGCUGUCCCCUCCCACGGUCGCAUCGCCCGAGGGCAAGAAAAUCCAGCAGGACAUCUGUGCCACGUCGCUACGAGUGCUUGCGUCCCUGAAGUCGGUUCACGAGACUCUGUCCCAGGAGCGGCAGAAGCUGCAAGAAGUGUGGGAUUCUAACAUCCGUCAGACGAGCUCGUUAGCCGAGCCUGCAGCAGUGAGGCGUUCCUCCCACGGGCCUCCUUCGGUGGCAGAUUCGGCCGCGGAGUACUUUGACGCCAGCGAUGACAUCAUCUGUGGAAGUUCCUCUGAGGUGUCGGAGGAAUCGGGACUCAGUGACGGAAGCACGACCAACUCGGAGCCCGAGGAGGGACACGCGUCGGCCACUCGCAAGUACCGCGCCAGCAUUUCCAAGACUCCAAACAGCGACGUCCCCAAGAGCACCGGACGUCGAACCGCGCUCCCCGCUCACUGUCCUGACAACAGCCACGUGGGCCUCAUGGCCAUUCUCUACAACAACAUAGGGAAGGACUUGGCCCGGGUGUCCAUGCCUGCCGCUCUCAACGAGCCUGUGAACCUGCUGCAGCGGCUGUGUGAGGAGCUGGAGUACAGUGAGCUGCUGGAUACCGCCAACAACACGCCGGACCCCUACCAGAGGAUGGUUUACAUUGCUGCCUUUGCUAUCUCUGGUUACUCCACUGCGACGUUCAGAAACCACUACAAACCCUUUAACCCGGUGCUGGGGGAGACCUUCGAGUGCAUCAGAGAGGACCGCGGCUUCCGCCUCAUCAGCGAGCAGGUCUGUCACCACCCGCCCAUCUCUGCCUGCCACGCAGACUCCGACAACUUCACUUUCUGGCAAGACCAGCGAUGGAAAAAUAAAUUCUGGGGGAAGUCUCUGGAGAUUCUGCCAACCGGCAUGGUGAACGUGACUCUUCCAAGAUACGGUGACCACUACGAGUGGAACAAAGUCGUGACCUGCAUCCACAACGUCCUCAGUCAGCAGCGUUAUCUGGAGCACUACGGCGAGGUCACCAUCCAAAACCUCAAGAGUAACGCCUGCACCUGCAAGAUUACGUUCGUCAAGUCUCGUUAUUGGGGUUCAGACACAAAUAAGAACGAGGUGCAGGGCACGGUUCUGGACCAGGGCGGGAGCGUCAUUCACCGGUUCGGAGGUCUGUGGCACGAAGGCAUCUUCUGCGACACUCUGCCGACGCCAAAAUGUGUCUGGAAGCCGAAUCCUCAGCCAAAGGAUCACCAGCUCUACUAUGGCUUCUCCACCUUCGCCAUGGAGCUGAAUGAGCUCAACCCAGACCUGAAGCCUCUGCUGCCUCCCACAGACAGCCGCCUGCGCCCGGACCAAAGGCUGCUGGAGGAGGGACAGGUGGACGAGGCGGACAGAAAGAAAGACGAUAUAGAGGAGUUUCAGAGAGCCUGGAGGAAAGAGCUUGGUAAAAGGGGUGAAGAGCAUGUCCCACGAUUUUUCAAGUAA